AUGGCGAGCGGGCAAUGGGUACGAAACGACGACGAAUCGGACCGUAAACCAACUUUUGGGUUCAUGCCAAAUGACGGCAUCGUAGUUCCGCAUCAAUCAGUUGCCCGGGCCCUGGAGAUCGUGAAACAGGCUUUGACGAAUGCAGAUUUUGAGGGUCCGAUUGCACGGAGUGACGGCUGUCCUGACGUUUGGGAAGCAAUUCAACAGUCUGGGGAGCCUAUCUUCCCCGAAAUCGUGAACGUGUUCCCCGGUGGCAAGCGCAGACCUCCUAUUCCACUCCCAGAGUAUGAGCAGGUGGUGCUCAAAAUGAAGGACUACCGCUGGAAAUACAACGAUUACUGGCAGUCUUCCGCAGGCAAAACAAGUUCUGGUAAUGACUUCCGCGUGAGACACCAGGCACUUCCCGAACAUGCUAACCUCAUCAGGUCGGCCUGUUGA